CUUGCAGUGGGCAUCCCCACCAUCCGGUGGUGCGGGGCAGAGGGGGACUACAACGUCAUGGUGAUGGAGCUGUUGGGGCCGAGCCUGGAGGACCUGUUCAACUUCUGCUCAAGGAAAUUCAGCCUCAAAACUGUCCUGCUGCUUGCUGACCAGAUGAUUAGUCGCAUCGAAUACAUUCAUUCAAAGAACUUCAUCCACCGAGAUGUGAAGCCGGAUAACUUUCUCAUGGGGCUGGGGAAGAAGGGCAACCUGGUCUACAUCAUCGACUUUGGGCUGGCCAAGAAGUACCGGGACGCCAGGACCCACCAGCACAUCCCCUACCGCGAGAACAAAAACCUCACCGGGACGGCGCGCUACGCCUCCAUCAACACGCAUCUUGGAAUCGAACAAUCUCGAAGAGAUGACCUGGAGUCACUGGGCUAUGUGCUCAUGUACUUCAAUCUGGGCUCUCUGCCCUGGCAGGGGCUGAAGGCAGCCACCAAGAGGCAGAAGUAUGAGCGGAUUAGCGAGAAGAAGAUGUCCACCCCCAUCGAAGUGCUGUGUAAAAGCUACCCCUCUGAGUUUGCCACGUACCUGAAUUUCUGCCGUUCCUUGCGUUUUGACGACAAGCCUGACUACUCCUACCUGAGGCAGCUCUUCAGGAAUCUCUUCCACCGCCAGGGCUUCUCCUAUGACUACGUGUUCGACUGGAACAUGCUCAAAUUCGGAGCCAGCCGGGCCGCUGAUGACUCCGAGCGGGAGCGCCGGGACCGAGAGGAGCGGCUGCGGCACUCCCGAAACCCAGCCGCCCGCGGCCUCCCCUCCACGGCCUCUGGCCGCCUGCGGGGCACCCAGGAAGUGGCUCCUCCCACCCCCCUCACCCCUACCUCACACACUGCUAACACCUCUCCUCGGCCCGUGUCCGGUGUGGAAAGAGAGCGGAAAGUGAGUAUGCGGCUGCACCGCGGCGCCCCUGUCAACAUCUCGUCCUCCGAUCUCACAGGCCGGCAAGACACCUCCCGCAUGUCCACCUCACAGGUACCCUCUGAGGUUUCAUCUUCUGGAAGUUGUCCACUUCCCAAGUAG